UAUCCUAACUCCCCUCAUGGAAAAUACACACGUGCCUAGUUUGUCCCUCUUUACCUACCGUAUCUUCGCUCAAGUAUGGCGGUCAGAGAGUUGUGACAACUGUUUUGAUGGUGUAAACAAUACAUUUUCCAUUCCUAAAUCAUCCUAUUCUCGGAUUUCGGAUUUAUCUAAACUAAUAACUACAUUGCGAAUCAAGACCAUCAUGCCGUCUGCCUGUGACUCUCUGAUUGAAGACAUUGAGGACAUGGUGUCCUCUACUGACCCCACUCCUAAUGAGAGACAGUCUGCUAGGAAGAGUAUCGUACCAAGGUCCAGGAAGAAAAACGAGAGUCUGAUCAGUGAGGAGCUCCAAGCUGACAGUUUGAUCCCUGGCACCCAAAAAAUCUGGAUGAAAACGUGGGGCUGCAGUCAUAACAACUCAGAUGGAGAGUACAUGGCCGGACAGCUAGCUGCCAGCGGAUACAAGAUGACUGAUGACCCAACAGACGCAGACCUGUGGGUGCUCAACAGCUGCACUGUGAAAAACCCUGCAGAGGACCACUUCAGAAACUCAAUCAAAAAAGCCCUGGAACAGCAGAAGAAGGUGGUAGUAGCAGGUUGUGUCCCCCAGGCUCAGCCACGGAUGGACUACCUCAAAGGACUCAGCAUCAUUGGGGUCCAACAGAUUGAUCGAGUGGUGGAAGUAGUGGACGAGGCUGUUAAAGGCCACUCCGUUCGUCUGUUGGGUCAGAAGAAAGAUGGAGGCCGGCGGCUCGGAGGAGCUAGACUGGACCUGCCCAAGAUCAGGAAGAACCCUCUUAUUGAAAUCAUCUCUAUUAACACUGGGUGUCUGAAUGCAUGUACCUACUGUAAAACUAAGCAUGCCAGAGGAGACCUGGCCAGCUAUUCCAUCGAGGAGCUUGUUGAGAGAGCCAGGCAAUCGUUCCAGGAGGGAGUGUGUGAGAUCUGGUUGACCAGUGAAGACACAGGAGCUUAUGGUAGAGACAUAGGGACAGACCUGCCCACAUUGCUGUGGAGAUUGGUGGAGGAGAUUCCUGAAGGAGCCAUGCUAAGGCUGGGUAUGACCAACCCACCAUAUAUCCUGGAACACCUAGAGGAGAUGGCUAAGAUAUUGAAUCAUCCACGCGUCUAUGCCUUCCUUCACGUUCCUGUGCAGUCGGCCUCUGACAGCGUCCUGAUGGACAUGAAGAGAGAGUAUUGCAUCGAUGACUUCAAAAAAGUGGUGGACUUCCUCAAAGAGAGGGUCCCAGGUGUAACUAUUGCUACAGAUUUAAUCUGCGGUUUUCCUGGUGAGACGGAGGAAGACUUCCAAGAGACAGUAGACAUUGUGAAACUCUACCGAUUCCCCAGUCUCUUCAUCAACCAGUUCUACCCCAGACCCGGUACACCUGCUGCCAAGAUGGAGCAAGUACCAGCACAUGUGAAGAAGCAGAGGACUAAAGAGCUGUCACAACUCUUCCACUCUUACAACCCCUACGACCAUAAGGUAGGGGAAAGGCAACAUGUGUUGGUGACAGAGGAGUCAUUUGAUGCCCAAUACUAUGUGUCUCACAACAAGUUCUAUGAACAGGUGCUGGUACCUAAAAGGGCUGAGUUCAAAGGGAAGAUGAUUGAGGUGGACAUCUACGAGGCAGGAAAACACUUCCUGAAAGGCCGGCCAGUGGAAGAGAGUAAGCCCUUCACUCCCUCCAUUGCCGCACCACUUCAGAAAGGGGAGGUGUCCGGCUUGAUGCAGCAUCAGACACCCAAUGGCAUCCAAGGUCCUGCUUCUUCUGUGCCUUCUUCAUCUGUUUUGUUGAUCGGCUCUUACAGUCUUGACAGGGAAGUACUGAAGAAGCUGGGGAUCGGGCUCACUCUGGCAGCAGCCAUCUUGGCCUUCAUCAUAGAGAAACUGUACUGAUGGCACAACCAGAAGAACAACAGAAGAAGAUGAUUGUGAAGAAGGGAGAGGACAGUGACAUCAUAGGAGCCUAAACAAUGUGUUUGAAGCGGGUGAAUACAGUGCUAAAACGAUCCCCUGUAACUCCACAUGCUCUUAUUCAACUUUGAAUGAACCCAAAGAAAGCAAGACAAAGUCAGUAACACCUACACAGUUAAAGCAACACUAUGGAACUUUUCCUGCUUUGGUCCCCCUACAGGUUGUCUCACUGGACCUACAGCUGCAGCUAAAAGUUACAUGGUGUUGCUUUAAGGAUUAUUUAAAUGUUCUGAGAUUCAUGUUGUUUUUCGUGAAGUUAGUAUUUUAAUUAAAGUUAGACGUUUUAAUUAGUUUACCACUUAGUGACAUCAGUGUCUUUUGUCAUUAAAGGAGGAAUAACCACAUUGUCCUGUCAAUGACAGGGCAGCAGUUUUCAAAGACCUUAGUAAACACUUUUUGGUACAAAUAACACCCUAGUUACACUUGAUUUUAAAAAGAAUCUAUUUCAAGUACAGAUUCUGUUUCAUAUGUUUGUUUCAUUACAAGGGUUAAAACUUUUCUAAGUGUAGGCUGUUUUAGGAAAAUACUGUUCUUUUUCUAUUGCCCACUGAUGGCUGCAGCCUGACAUUGUCCAUAGAUUGGUAAAUACAAGUUUGGCAUCAUGUUUGUGGGUCUAUGUAGCUGUUUUACAGAUAAAUUAAGCACAACUCAACUACUUGAUACUCGUUGAAAACACAUUCUGGUCUUCUGUACCAGAAAACAACUUUUAGGAGUACUGAGCAUGUACAUUUCUAGAAAUGGUGUGAUAUAGAGUUGCCCAUCAUCUUUUUGAUGGAUUGAAUUGUGCUUACUUUACAGUAUGUGUUGUUUUAUUCUAUGGCAAGGAGUGUGUGUACAAUACUCUGGUUAAAGGCAAUUUGUAUCCUUUAUUUCAAAGUAUUUAUUUUUGAAUAAGAGACAUGGACAGUAUAUUUUCAGAUCUCCAUGAAAUUUCUUACUGUCUCUGAAGUUGUUUUAGCAUGUAAUUCUUAUUUAAUGUUUUUUGCCUCAGACAUCAAAGUCAAAUGGAAUUAAUGUACAUCUGACCAUAUCUGAUUACGUAACAGGCAGUUGGCCAGGUGGACGAUGCUGACUGCUUGGAUUGAUGGUCAUUAUUAACUCUUUAUUUUGUCCCACAGAAUUUUGCAUGUGAUGGCCUGCUUUGGUGCCACCAUAAAGGGUUGUUUUUAUAUUUUCUCACUUACCUGUAGUGGUGCCAGGUAAGAUUUUUGCUGCCACCCCAAUACAGUGAAGGUGAAUGGGACAUAGGCAAAUGUAUCUAAAACUAUACAUCACUAGAGGUAAAUGAGAUUUUUUUGUCUUCCUUUUUUUGUCAGUCAGGUAAACUGACCCUGUAAUACAAGUACUCUGUUGAUACGUGGGCUACUUGUGGUGUAUGAGUCAUUAAUGAGACAGACCUUUUGGCUUUUCUUGAUUAGCAUUGUUGCAACUAUCCAAAACAGUUUAAUAAAGGAAAAAUGCAAUAUGUCAUGUGUGAAAUUACUUGUGUAUUAACUGCUAGGUUUUUACCAAUAAAUAAGUCUCUGUGUCUUCACAGUGCUCUGUAUCGCUCA